UCCAAAUAGGCGCGGAAGGUGAGAAUUGAAUUAGUAUCGCUUACAGUGUUUGCUCUUUUCUGUUUCUGUAUUGAACGCUGCUCGCUUGCUGGUAGUAAACGUUCUCCGUAACUCUUCCGCCUACAACAACCUCCCUCUCCCUCUCUAGAACACAAGAACAACAUUUCAAGCGCUUGACUUCGUUCUCAUUACUCCACCUACCACUCAAUUCAAUCCAACAGUCAAACAUGACCACGAUGGCUCCCAUUGGCAUCACGGUCCCAAAGCUUCUCCCAAUUGCUGGUACAUGGGCUGUUCCAUUUGUCCUCUACAACACCAUCCUCUCCAGCCGUAUCGUCUCUACCAGGAUCCAAAAUGACUACUACUGUGGUGACAAGCUUCCUUCCUCUUCCCCAACCAACACCAAGACUCCUCCUGAUGUCCUCCAAACCGCCACCCGCUGCCACGCCAACUUCCUCGAGAACGUUCCCCUAGCCUUCAUCCUCCUCAUCAUCGCGGAGCUCAACGGUGGUAACCGAAAGGCCCUUAACUACAUGAUGGGUACGCUGUUCGCCUUGAGAAUCGCGCAUGCGGAGUUGGGCCUUAAGUUGCAGGGCAAGUUUGGUGAUAAUGGAGUAGGCAGACCUUUGGGCUACUUUGGAAGUAUCGGGGUUCUUGGUGCACUAGGUGGGUAUUGUGGAUGGUUGGUUGCCGGCUAUUGGGGAUUUUGAGCGCGGGGGCGAAAGUAAGGUGGAGGUAGUCAGGUGCUGGUAGCUGGUUGAGGAUGGUCUCAUGCAUGGGAGGUAGGAAGGCUGGAAGAUUUGAGAUGCUUAUGGGGGGUGCAUUUGUGAUCUUUGAGAUUAAGAAAUGCCCGCAGGUUUUGCUAAUGGAGGAUAAUUGCAUUGCUCUUUUCUAAUAAGGAAACUUUCUU